AUGGGGCCCAGUCACGCAUUUUCUACGGCGGAGAAACUCAGGAAAGCCGGCAACUCUUACUUCAAGAAAGAGCGCUUCAAUGCCGCCAUCGAGGCAUAUACUGAGGCGAUAACUCUGUGCCCUGAUAUUCCUGUUUAUUAUACGAAUCGCGCCCUUUGCCAUCUGAAGCGUAAUGAUUGGACGAGAGUGGAAGAAGAUUCUCGGAAAGCUAUUCAGCUUGAACACAACUCAGUUAAGGCUCACUAUAUGCUGGGGCUUGCAUUACUACAGAAGCAAGAGUAUGCUGAUGGAGUUAAGGAAUUGGAAAGGGCUUUGGAUCUUGGGAGGGGCGCCAAUCCGAAGGGUUAUAUGGUAGAGGAGAUCUGGCAGGAGCUUGCAAAAGCAAAGUACAUGGAGUGGGAGGAUUUAUCAAGCAAACGUUCAUGGGAAUUGCAAAACUUGAAAGAAGCUUGUGAGAAUGCUCUCAAAGAGAAACAUGACGCUUUUGAAAUGGAAGGGUUUUUGGAUGAAGCUGGUCCUACUCAUAUGAAACAGUUAGAGGCUUUAGGAAGAGUGUUUGAGAAAGCUGCAGAAGCUGACACACCAAGUGAGGUGCCAGAUUACCUCUGUUGUAAAAUCACUCUCGACAUAUUUCGUGAUCCUGUGAUUACUCCUAGUGGGGUUACAUAUGAGAGAUCAGUGAUCCUUAACCAUCUUGAGAAGGUGGGUAACUUCGAUCCAAUCACGCGUGAGCCACUUGAUCAAUCACAGUUAAUACCAAACUUAGCCAUAAAAGAAGCAGUCGAAGCAUAUUUGCAACAACAUGGUUGGGCUUACAGAACAGAGUGA